AUGAGUACAACUUCAACAAGACCUGCAUCGCCAUCGUCCCCUGUAGCUAGCCAAACAAAAACCGUCGUUCAAGAUGCGACUUCUCCAGAUUUUAUUUACGGUGGUCCCUUUAUAGACGUACAAACUACAAGUCCGUUUCUAAAUACCGCGACUCCUAUAAAUGUUCAAUUACAGGGCACCUUCAAAAAGAGUUUCGCAUACUACUCGCUAAAAGAACGUUUGCCGAUUAUAUUGACAAAAGUUAUAGAUUAUCUGUCGCGGGAGAGCGGGAAAAUAAAAUCCGCUCAUGGCGCUUCCGAUGAAGAUAUACGCAGUCUCAUUCAAUACAUAACAAAAUUGAAAAACGAUUUAGUAACAAACAAAAAGUAUGAAUUGUUAACAGUAGAUACGCCAGAGGCUAAAAAAUGGAACGAAUUUAUUCAAAAUUCAGAUUGUCAAUACUAUUUUACUAAUGUGUGGGUGUUUUCUGAGUGUUAUGUGUACAGGCGGUUGAGGGAAGGAUGUGAAUUGACUAAAAAUCUCCGAAAUUUUGAUCCUUUCGAUGAACAAAAAGAAAAGGCGUUUAUGGAAAGCUUAGAGCCUAUGUGUGUGGUCGCUGACAAACUAGUCACUAUGUUGCCGGAGAGCGAUAAGGAUAAGAGGAAAAGUGAUUUUGCUACUUUAUUAAAGAUUUGUCUAUGGGCCAACAAGUGUGAUCUAUCACUAUCUAUGGGAGAGCAAGUGAAUUUGAAGGACGAUGCUAGUAUCACAUCUAGGAAACUAUUAGACCCUUUCCAAUUGGUUUUGGAUCUUAAAGAUAAGGUGUUAGUGGACGACACGGCGAAGAUUUGCGAUCUAGUUAUAACCAAAGCUGAGAGUAUGGCCAAAGCUAUUGAAGGGUGCCCAGAAGAAGUGAAGAUGGAGAAAGCGGAGGGAGAACAAGAAGAGCAGCCGGAGCACCCUCCGUGUCCUGCUAAAAUGACUACACCACAAUGUGUUACAUUCGACAUAGUGUGUGAUAACUCCGGCUACGAGCUGUUCUCAGAUCUAUGUCUCGCGCAUUUCCUUAUCAGCCAGAAUAUCGUUAAAAAGGUGAGAUUCCACGUGAAGAAAAUCCCUUGGUUCGUCUCAGAUGUCACUCCGAAGGACUUCGAGUAUGUUAUAAACGCGUGUGCUCAAGCAAGUUUUAGUAAGGAAGUGCCUCCAGAACCGAGAUCAGAAACAGCAGAUGGCGAGAGUGUACAAGCGGAAGGGCCGAGGAUAGUGACAUCAGAAAACUUACGCAACUUGGGCAAAGAGUGGAUGAAGUACUAUGAAGAUGGGACUUUUGUUGUCAUGUGCGAUGAUUUCUGGACAUACCCCCACGUGUACAAAGACAUGAAGCUGUACGACCCCCAGCUGUACAGGAAGCUACAAUUCGCCAUCGCUGUUUUAUUCAAAGGCGACUUGAAUUACAGGAAAUUGUUGGGGGAAAUCAACUGUAACCCUUCCUUGGGCUUUGAAGCAGCUUUGCAGGGUUUCAUGCCGGCCCCUGUGAUAGCCCUAAGGACGGUAAAGGCCGACCUCAUUUGCGGUCUGCCCAAAGGGAAAUGGGAGCAAUUGAAUAAAAUAGACGAGAAAUGGAUGGAGAAAGGCGAUUAUGGUGUAAUUCAAUUCUGUGCAAAAUCAGAGGCUUUGAAGGUAGCAGAUCGACCCUGUGCAGAGUAUGGAGAGACUUGCUCCGGAGACAAGUGCGGACAACACAUGUCA